AUGGGAAACAGCCCGUCCAAGAAUGCAAGCCCGAAUACCCACACCUCCAACAGCAGCCUAAAUGGUGGUUCUUCAUCAAGUUCAGCGUUAGCUGUUACGUCUGGUGAACCAGAACCAGAUGAUAGGAAGUCUUCUUCCUAUAAUCAAUCAAACAGUAAGCAGUGUCAGAAAGAUACGCGUAUAAAUAAACAAUACAACAAUAACAAUUCAAAUUAUAGUGAUGAUGGAUUACACUAUAAUAAAGAAAAAUUACAAAAAAAAAAAUUUAGUAAAAGUCCAAAAAAAUUUACUUAUUUUGAUGGUCAAAAUGUUAUUUAUAAUCAAAAUCAUCAAGGUGUUAAUAGUAAUAGUCAUGAAUCUUUAAAUACAUUUGAUAUGGAUAUUGAUGUUUCCAUGGCUAAAGCUUUAAAAUCAAGUUCAAUUUCCAACACCAAUAAGAUUAGAAGAUCUUCAAAUUCAACUACAACUUCAGAUGAAAUUAAUUCUACAAUUGAUGAAGAAUUAUAUAUUAAUGGUCAAGUUUCAGUUCCAAAAAAUUUAUCAAGAACUGGGUCAAGUUAUACAACCAAUACAACAGGUUCCACCACGGGUACAAAUGAUGAAAUUUCAAGUUCAUUUAGUGAUUUAUUCACUAUAGAUUCCUCCAAGUCAAAUUCUAGCUCAUUAUCAACAACUCCACCUUUUUCAAAUAAUCAAGUGAAUGGUAAUUUACCUCCAAUUGUUGAAGAACCAAAAAAAUCUAUUCAUACAAGAAAACCUAAAAUUGGACCAAAUGAUGUUGAUAUUGAUUCAAUAAUUGAAAAGUUAUUAACUCAAUCAAUAAAUUCAUCAAAUUCAAAUAAUUCAAGUCCUACCCUGGGGUUUAAAUCCAAAAAUGAUGAAUUUUUCAUUAAACCUCAUGAAAUUUCAAUAAUUUGUUCCAAAGUUCGUGAAAUUUUUUUAAAUCAACCAAGUUUAUUAAGAUUAAGUGCACCAGUUAAAAUUGUUGGUGAUAUUCAUGGACAAUUUAAUGAUUUAUUAAGAAUUUUAAAACUUAGUGGAUUACCACCAAAUUCAAAUUAUUUAUUCUUGGGGGAUUAUGUUGAUAGAGGUAAACAAUCAUUAGAAACUAUAUUAUUAUUAUUUUGUUUCAAGAUAAAAUAUCCAGAAAAUUUCUUUAUGUUACGAGGAAAUCAUGAAUCUGCAAAUAUUACCAAAAUUUAUGGGUUUUAUGAUGAAUGUAAAAGAAGAUUAAAUUUAAAAACUUGGAAAAAUUUUAUUGAUGUUUUCAAUACUUUACCAAUUUCUGCAAUAAUUAAUGAUAAAAUUUUUUGUAUUCAUGGUGGAUUAUCACCAAAUUUAAAUAAUUUAAAACAAAUUGAAAAUUUAAAAAGACCAACAGAUAUUCCUGAAACUGGAUUAUUUGCAGAUUUAUUAUGGUCAGAUCCAGAUCCAAAUGUAACAGAAUGGAAUGAUAAUGAUCGUGGAGUUUCAUAUUGUUUUGGUAAAAAAGUUGUGGAAAAUUUUUGUAAAAAAUUUAAAUUUGAUUUAAUUAUUAGAGGUCAUAUGGUUGUUGAAGAUGGUUAUGAAUUUUUUGCUAAAAAAAAAUUAGUUACAAUAUUUAGUGCACCAAAUUAUUGUGGAGAAUUUAAUAAUUGGGGUGCUGUGAUGAGUGUUGAUAAUGGAUUAUUAUGUAGUUUUGAACUAUUAAAACCAAAUAAGAAGUUGUGA